AUGGUACCUUUGGGAGUUAUACGGCAUGCGAUACAUGAUCGCCUUGAUGUGUACGCAAGUGCUCGGUCUUCUGCUGCCACCGAUGCACCAGAGCUGAAUCUCGGCGGUGGCCGGACUUGGAACCUUUCAUUUGUCUUCAAACAAGGUCAUAGUCGAUAUACAGGUUUCCCCGGGACAGCAUUGGCAUUAGUAAUUGAAGAGACUUUGGACGAGAAUGGCAUGCUGUUGCUCUCUAUCCAGUGGUUCGACACCAAAGACUUUGCCGGCGGUGCGACCAUCGGCUUCGUUGGAUUCACAUGUACCGAACCUCCUGUCCCUGGUAUCCAUAGGAUAAAUUUUGGACACGGAUGGAUCAACCCUGCGCCGGUCCACGAAAUUGGUCAUGUGCCGGGCGACAACUUGGUUGCGGACCGGUGCCACAACGUCGAAGACUUCAACGAGAAAUUUGAGAAGCUCUGGUCCGAGAAAUCUGACGCGACGUGGAGUGAUCUUUGCGACAAUAUUGCCUACGCACUUAGGCUCGUUAUGUACGCGGGCAUUCGACUGGAGAUCCACGGACGCGCCAAGGGCGAACUCAUUAAUGGGAAGUUGCAGAUUACGGUGAAAACUACGACCCUAAAGGCACCAGGCACUACCGCAGUGAUGUGUUUUUGGCAGAUGAUGUGGACUGUCUCCCACGGUUGA